CUGAAGCUAAAGCUAGCACCGUUAGCUCGCUGUGUGAACGUCGGCGUCCUCGUAUGUCACGGGUGAAUGAAGCAGCGAUGUCUGCUCUCCGGCAUCUGAGAGAGUUGAUCAGCGAGCGACUCACCGCCGCCGCCGAGGAAAUCUUCAGAGCCUUCGAGAAAACCGUGGUGGAGUACGAGGAGGAGGUGGCUCGUCAGCGCAGGCUGCUGGAGGUCGCGUGGAAACCUGCUGUAAAACUACAGCGGAUAGGGCUCCAACAGCAACAUGUGUGUAAAGAGGAGGUUCAACUUCUCGCUGAGCAGCAGCUCUGUCACCAGGACAGGAACUCCCGUCUGGACCAAGGAGAACCAGAGUUGCAGCAGCUUCGAGAGGAGCAGGAAGAAACCUGCAGCAGUCAGGAGCAGCUUGUACUGAAGCAGGAGGCCGAUACCUUUAUGUUGCCUCCCGAUGAUGAAAGUGAUCGCAUGGAAGCCGACGGUGACCACCACCAACUCGCUGUCAUUGCUGAGAGUCACGAUCAGACCUGGCAAGACGUGAGCCCACAGAAGAGCCGUGCGAAAGAGAGAAAUCUGUGCGACACUUGUGGGAAAUCGUUUGUGUUCAUGAGCCAACUGAAAGUGCACCUGAGGAGCCACACACACGAGAAGCCCUUCUCGUGCGAGACGUGUGGCAAGGAUUUCGUGAGCAGAGGUAAUUUGAAAACCCACCAAAGGAAACACACGGGCGAGAAGCCGUUCUGCUGCGGCACCUGUGGCAAAAGGUGCUACGCUUCCAACGACUUGAAGAAGCACGUGAGAACUCACACGGGCGAGAAGCCGUACUCCUGCAGCAUCUGUGGCAAGCGUUUCAACACGUCCGCCAAUCUCAACGCCCACAUGAGAACUCACUCGGGCAAAAGGCCAUUCACCUGCAACGUGUGUAUGAAAUGCUUUGGCCGCAAAGGAGCGUUAAUGUACCACAUGAGGAGUCACCUGCUUAUUUCUCCAGAACCGGGGGAAAAGGAUCAGUUGGAUGCACAGAUUUAGAAAAAGACAAAUGAGAACUCGAUGAAAUAUCUAAUUCUUUAAUUACUUUUAAAACAUGUCGUGCUUUGAAAGACAACAAUUAGCAAAGGCUACAAUUGAGUUGCUUCUUGCCAUUU